AUCCAUACCAUUUUGGUUUUCCCGCUCGCGUUGGUCUUCUCGCGGCCUCGCGCCUCACUUUGACGCCUUUGACGUCCUCGGUUUUGAACCUCAAGAUAAAAAGGCCGAUCUGUUUACGAAAUGGGAUGUCUUUUGCUGCAUCUGUGGCGGACUGCGGCUCCACGGCGAUGGGCACGACCGGUCUCUGUUCCACCGGAGCCGGGCCAAUGGCAAGAACGGUGACGUCAGCAGGCCCCGGCGCGUGGACGACUCGGCGGAACAUCGAGACGCCAUCCGGUGCUUCGGCACUCUGCUGGCCCAGGCCCUGUGUUUGCUGCCGCCGCCCUUGCAGCAGUCGGACUUCAAGGGGUGGCUGCUUCGGCCCCGGCAACUUGCCACCGAGACCGCCAACGUUGCCCACCGAAGACACGGUCGGACCCAAUAGACUCCGGGACCUGAUCGACGUGGACAUGGACUAUUGACCUUGAUCUGCUGUGGCCUGUAGACCGCUGGGCAGGGACGACGACUUCGAGCCCCUUCGGGCUCAAGCUCGGGCAGUGUCUCUUCCGGGCCGCGCCGGGCCCGGGCCGGGCCUCUACCGUGCUGCGUCGGGCCGGGCCUGGAAAUUUCGGCCCGUGCAGCGCUCUACUCUGGACUACGCUGUCGGAACGGUGUAGACAGGGCUGAACUAUCCGCAAAUCCUCUUAACGCAAGUGUGAACAACCCUUCGCUGCCUGGGAAAAAGGGCCAGCCACCAGCCAGGUCAACCUAUGGCAGUGCCAGACCUUUGGACUACAUUUUUCCCCUGAUGAAUGGGAUCGACCAGUCGGAUCAAAUAGGGAAUGGCCACACCUCAGCCAACUACAUGCAACAUUUCCAUUACCUUCCCUAUUUUUGGUGGCCGACACGGCAUGUCCAUUUUGUUGAUCUGUAAUUCUCAAAACCUAUGGCAGUGAUACACAUUAUAGUUUUUGCUUUUCAAGCAUGCCUGCCUUUUUUCAGCACUGCGAAGCAGGAGCGUUGUACUUAAACCACGCUCUUUGAUCGUACCCAGUUGUGUCUUCCUCGAUUCGUGUGGGUCUCUGGACGUAGUCCUUUACCGCAUGUCUAAAGGUGAAGUAAAACUUUCGAAGCACCUGCUUAAUAGAGAAUGAUUGUUUUUGUGUUUGGUUUUCAAACAUAAAAAGAGAAAUUCACUUUUUCAAGAUAUUUAAUAUCUAGUUAGGAUGCUUGUUUUUUUUGUGAUGUGAUUAUUUUAGCUUUUGAAUAUUACACCGCAAUACGAAUGUAAACCCCUGAAUUUCUCUACAUUAUCUGCACGAUGUGUCGCUGUUUCCUUGUUCCUUGAGUUUGUUCUGGUUGGGCUUCUCUGUUGGUGUACUAUAUAUGAAAAGAGCAACUAAGCAAAAUUUAAUCUCCACGCCUAACAAAAAUUGUCCACGCAGCAUUCGACUACGAAUGGCAGAGAACGGACUGCGAGGACAAGGGGGCGGAGCUCUCCUUCCUAGGUGCCGAAUUGCAGAAGCAACCAUGGAAAAUGGACCAGGAAAGGACAGACGGCGGUGAGACCUCUGCCCCCAAUCUUAUGGUGCCCACAGAACUAAGAAUACCAGACUGGAUCGAAGCAUACUAUGGCGACAAAGUGGAUACCUUUGACUGUGACAGCUGCAGGGGCGACACCUUUCCCCCCACCAACUGGUCGGGCCCACAGAAGCCGCAAAUGCACCGACAACUGGACAAGCACCCGUGCCGCUUCUGUCCUCACUCAAGCAAUUCCGCAACGGCUGUCGCCAUCCACGAGAGGACACACACUAACGAGAGGCCCUUCAGUUGCGGUGUUUGCGAGAAAACAUUUGCGCGUAAGGAUUGCUUGACAGCUCACGUUAGAAUUCACACCGGAGAGAAGCCGUUCAAGUGCAACACGUGCAGCAAGGUGUUUACUCUGAAACGCACCUUGGCAGAUCACGAAAGAAUUCAUACAGGAGAGAAGCCAUUCAAGUGCAACACGUGCAGCAAGGCGUUUACUCUGAAAUGCACCUUGGCGGAUCACGAAAGAAUUCAUACAGGAGAGAAGCCAUUCAAGUGCAACACGUGCAGCAGGGCAUUUACUGAGAAAGGCACCUUGGCAGAUCAUGAGAGGACUCACACAGGAGAGAAGCCGUACAGGUGCGAGACCUGUGGUAAAGCGUUUACGGCUAAGAGCGGUUUGCACAGUCAUCGUAAGAUACAUCACAAGUGACCAAAACCCUCACGUGUAUCAUAGUUGUGGAGGGGGUUUGAACGAAACACACGAGCACCGACGUGUGUUCAUUUCGUUUGGCGAUAGACCUGCAGGGGUUCUACUUGCGAGCAGUGCAGGUUUUGCAUGGUUAAAAAUUUUUCAGCCUGUCAUUUAUUGUGUAAACACAAAUAAAAAUAUGAUUUUACCU